AUGUAUCCUGUGUUGUGUCUUACAUUUAUGUUGUUGACAGGGCAAAUUAGAUUUCGACAAGCUGUUGCUACGGCUGUAGUAACAACAAUCGAUAAUUCUUCCGAUGAAUUAGUCAAGUCUCGACUAGAAAAUGGUCGUUUCAUUAAUUCAUUCAAUCCUCAAUAUAAAUUGCCUCAUCUAGGGCAUGUUUUAAUCUGGAAGAUCACUUCAUCAGACAAUACACGAUUGCCAUCUAAUAAAAAAGAUCUUGAUAAAAUUUUACCCAUUAUUCGACAUGAAAAACUUGAAGAAUUAUAUUUAACAAAACCUGGUCUACGAUUUAUCUGGAUUGGACAUGCUUCAUGUUUUAUUCAAAUGAACAAUUUUCGAUUCCUUGUCGAUCCAGUUUUCAGUGAACGAUGUGGUAUAACAUCAUUUAUCGGACCAAAACGUUUCCGUCCACCAGCAUUAAUAAUAAAUGAUCUACCUGAUGAUCUCGAUGCCAUACUUAUAUCACACAAUCAUCCUGAUCAUCUCGAUUAUCCUAGUGUAACAAGUUUAAAUAAACGUUAUGGUGAACGAUUAACUUGGUUCUGUGGCCGAGGCAAUCGACAAUGGUUUCUUAAUAAUCAUAUAAAAAAUGUUAUAGAACUCGAUUGGUGGGAAGAAUAUUAUUUUUCAAAAAAAGAAGUCAACAUUGCUUUUUGCCCAGCUCAACAUUGGAGUCGUCGUAGUGCAUUCGAUUUAAACAAAUCUUUGUGGGGUGGUUAUGCUGUCUGGGAUACUACACACAGAUUUUACUUUGCCGGUGACACAGGUUAUACUCAUAACAUUUCAAUUUUUCGACAAAUUGGCAAAAAAUAUGGUCCAUUCGAUUUAAGUGCUAUACCUAUCGGUACAUAUGAACCAAAGUGGAUAAUGCAAGCUCAACACGUGUCACCAGAUGAAGCUGUUCAACUACAUAUUGAUGUUCAAUCAAAAAACUCGAUCGGUAUUCAUUGGGGUACAUGGGCAAUGGGAAAUGAAUAUUUUAUGGAACCACCUCAGAAACUUGCUCAAGCAGUUCAAAUAAAUCAACUUGAUCCAUCAUCAUUUGUUGUAGUUAAACAUGGUGAAAUUUUUGAUUUACCUUAG